UCUCUGCCUUUUUUCUCCAAAGCCUUAAUAGCAUCACUUCUUCUCAAGUCUUUCUUCGCUUUGCUUUCCCAAACCCAAACCAAAAAUUCUUCUUCUUCUUCUCUCUUUCUCUCUUCCCUCUUAUUUUUCCCUCCUCAUUUUCCACACUCCAAAACCUUCUUUAUACACUCGUACCGACACUUUCUCUCUCUACUCUCUCUCUCUCUCUUAGAUUGAGCCGCCAUGGAUUCUCCUCUCUAUGGCGUCUCCAUUUUCUUCUCCAUUUUCCUCCUCUCUUCCCACACUCUCGCUGCAUUGCCUCGAACCUCAUCGUCUUCAUCGUCGUCUUCGUCUUCCUCCGGUCAGAUUAACUCCAACUCCGUCCUCGUCGCUCUCCUCGAUUCCCACUACACAGAGCUCGCCGAGCUCGUCGAGAAGGCGCUUCUGUUGCAGACUCUGGAGGAAGCCGUUGGGAAGCACAACAUCACCAUCUUCGCGCCGAGGAACGAAGCCCUAGAGCGCCAGCUCGACCCGGAGUUCAAGCGAUUCCUUCUCGAGCCGGGGAAUCUGAAGUCGCUCCAGAUUCUGUUGAUGUUCCACAUUAUCCCAAGCCGAGUCGGCUCCGGCGACUGGCCGGUCUCCGGUUCGGACCCGGUCCGGCACCGCACGCUCUCGACUGAGCAUGUGCAUUUCGCGAGCAAGGGUUCCGGCGAGAAGGUUGUUAAUUCGGCGGAGAUCGUCCGCCCCGACGACGUCGUUCGACCCGACGGAGUGAUCCACGGUAUCGAGAGGCUUCUGAUUCCCCGAUCGGUGCAGGAGGAUUUCAAUCGGAGGAGGAAUUUGAGAUCGAUUUCGGCAGUUCUUCCCGAAGGAGCUCCAGAGGUUGAUCCGAGGACUCACCGGCUUAAGAAACCGGCGGCGCCGGUCCCAGCCGGAGCUCCUCCGGUGCUUCCGAUCUACGACGCGUUGGCUCCAGGACCUUCGCUUGCUCCGGCGCCGGCUCCCGGACCGGGAGGCCCCCACGGCCACUUCGACGGUAUGGCUCAGGUCAAGGAUUUCAUCCAGACCCUAUUGCAUUACGGAGGAUACAACGAAAUGGCAGAUAUUCUGGUCAAUUUGACUUCUCUCGCUACGGAAAUGGGAAGAUUGGUCUCUGAGGGUUAUGUGAUCACUGUUUUGGCUCCGAACGACGAGGCCAUGGCGAAACUGACGACGGACCAGCUGAGCGAGCCCGGCGCGCCGGAGCAGAUCGUGUACUAUCACAUAAUCCCGGAGUACCAGACAGAGGAGAGUAUGUACAAUGCGGUGAGAAGAUUCGGGAAGGUUAGGUACGACACUCUGAGGUUGCCUCACAAGGUCGUGGCUCAGGAAGCCGACGGGUCGGUGAAGUUUGGGAAUGGUGAUGGAUCGGCGUAUUUGUUCGAUCCUGAUAUCUACACAGACGGCAGGAUUUCGGUUCAGGGGAUUGACGGAGUUCUCUUCCCGCCGGAGGAGGAAACGGCGUCGGAGAAGAAGACCAGUUCUCCUGUUAAGGUCGCUACCAAGCCCACCAGAAGAGGAAAGUUGAUGGAAAUGGCGUGCAAUGUGCUUGAAGUUUUUGGACAGCAUCGCUUCUCUUGUCAAUAAAGAUAACGCUCUCUCAAUUAAAAGCCCCCAAAAACAGAUGGAAAAUGUCUUGUAAAAACAAUUCAUAAAUGGUACAAAAAACAAUAACGCCCACUUCAUUAUUGUGUAGUUUUGAUUCAAAUCUCAUCUUCAUUUUUGCUGAACAAGAGUUUGCUGUAUAUAUAUAUGCAGUGUAGAUUGGCUCUGCCUACUACAGUGAAGAAUAUGAGAGAGUGAGAGAGCGUUUGUUUGGAAGAAUUUUUCUUACUUACAGUCCCACAGAAAGAGAGAACAUAAAGUGUUACUGUUGUUUUUGUCAUAAACAAAUUACUGUAAUUACAUAUCAUUUUUUUAAUUAUUUUAUGUUUUUGUUUUUUUCA